ACCGUCGAUUAUUUAUUUUCGUUCUACUCGACAAUUCCAAAAAUCAGUGCCAUUCAUUGGCUUUAGCUUUGCCCUUGAACUUGAAAUCUCGUGCCUUAUUCUUUCCUGGGGACUGGUGUUGGAUAUUGAACGGGCGGAGUUACCGCCGGGAUGAUGGAUGAAGGAGAUGAUGGCCUAAACUUGGCUGCGCGCAUUCUCAUUUUCGCGUGGCCUGCCACUAGUGUUUCGCACAUUCACAAAGGGUGUCACAGGCAUAGCUGGAGGAAGAAAGGUACUACACGAAUGCGAAACUCUACAACGUCAUUAGCCUGGAGUUCACCAAGACUAAGUUGGAGCCUCUAGUGCAGUCACCCAGUCUGGUACGUCAUUUGGAUUGGGUGGACUUGGUGUGGCCGGAAAUAUUGCGCGCUUUGCAGCAGGAGGCCACCAACCGACUGGUCGACAUGAAAUAUCCCAAAGUGCAAAAGUACUGCCUGAUGAGCGUCGGUGGCUGCUACACAGAUUUCCGUAUCGACUUUGGUGGCACAUCCGUCUGGUAUCAUAUUCUCAAGGGUGGAAAGGUUUUCUGGCUGAUUCCUCCGACCCCAAUCAAUCUUCAGAUCUAUGAGCAGUGGGUGUUGUCGGGUAAACAGCAGGAUAUCUUCCUGGGUGACAUGGUCGAGACGUGUGCCCGCGUCGAAUUGAACCAGGCUGGACUUUUGUCAUUCCUACUGGCUGGAUUCAUGCAGUUCACACUCCUGUGGAUUGGCUAGUGUUUGGUGGAAACUUUCUGCACAGUUUCAACAUAAGCGGUCAGCUUGCCGUGGCGGACAUUGAAGAAACUACUAAGGUACGUGAGCUGUGCUGUGCAUGUCUGUCAUAUCUUCUACAACUCUACCACGCCAAUGCCUUGUGUGAGCUUUCCAAGGCUUGGAGUUGUGCAUGAAGGUUUCUGUUUUGUUAUGCUCCUACGUCGUUCAUCGAUGUUGCCGUGGAACUGUGUGUGUAUGUGUGUGUGUGUGUGUGUCUCUCUCUCUCUCUCUCUCUCUCUCUCUCUCUCUCUCUCUCUCUCUCUCUCUCUCUCUCUCUCUCUCUCUCUCUCUCUCUCUCUCUCUCUCUCUCUCUCUCUCUCUCCCCUCUCUCUCUCUCUCUCUCUCUCUCUCUCUCUCUCUCUCUCUCUCUCUCUCUCUCUCUCUCUCUCUCUCUCUCUCUCUCUCUCUCUCUCUCUCUCUCUCUCUCUCUCUCUCUCUCUCUCUCUCUCUCUCUCUCUCUCUCUCUCUCUCUCUCUCUCUCUCUCUCUCUCUCUCUCUCUCUCUCCAUCUCUCUCUCUCCAUCUCCGUACACUUCACUUGGUACCACUAUGACUCCCUCUGUGUCUUAAAAAUACAAAAUGUGGGGAAUCGAUCUCCAUGUGGCCGUGGCUGUUGAAUUUAUUUUCCUGAGAACGAGAAAGUAUUCUGUCUCUGCUGCUAUGUCCUUUGUCGAUGUGAUUUCGACGUGAGCUGCGGGUCAUUCGCGUUGUUUUUAGACGCGCGAGCCAAAUAACGCGAGCUGAACUUUCACGUCACGUCAGAAAUAACGUGGAUCUUAACCUCUCUAAUAAAAGCUCAAUAUCGAAGAUGUGUAUAUGCGGUAUUUAUGUUUGUACCAUCAUCAACAAUAAUAGAAAACUGGAUCACUGC